AGUUUUUUUAUUGUUACCACUUUUUAUGUUAUCAAGUUUGUGUUUUCAGAAGGUCUUGACUCAAUUGUGCACCAUGGAGUUAUAAUAAACUAGGAGUAUCAUAAUAUUUUGAUUUAAAAGCUGUAAAUCAAAAUGUUGAAACUAACACCAAACGAAAAGCCUUUAUCUUUAAAAAACAAUGAAACAGUUCAUGAAAUUUAUUAUUUAAAUCAAAAUGAAAUUUGUGUUCGGCAAACACGUACUUUAAGUGGCUAUCAAUAUGACGAGUCAACAAAAACUUGGAUACAAAAAUGGACUGAAAUAAUAUUCAAAACACCAGGCGAUGAUGACGAUUAUUCAAUAAAACGUUAUCCUUGGUUGAUAACGGAUCAAUUACUUGCUGAUAAGAAGAUACUAAUGCUAAGACAUCCAGAUGGUGUGCAAUUACACGAAUUACAUGACACAGGUUUCAAACUUUUAACAGAUGAUGAUAAUUUUAUAUUAUCUGAUUAUAAAUAUAUGCUAUUUGGAAAUUUUUAUGAUGAAAAAAAUUCAGUAGGUGUUAUGACCGUGUUAAAUGAUGGAGAAGUUAAAUUUUAUAUCGUAAACAAAGAAAGUUUUAAAGAGGAUAAAGAUGACCCGUUGCUUCCAUUAGAUUCAGAAGAUAAUAAAAUAGAAUUACCCAAUAAUUGGCAUUCAAAAACAACACAAUUUUAUGUAGCAAAAUUCCAAAAUCAAGAUGUGGUUGCAUUGAAAACAAUAUCUGAUGAAUUAGAAUUCUAUCAACUAACAACAGAGCCGAAAAUCAAACAAUUAUUGAAAACAACACAAAUAAAGGGUGUUAAAGACUCGGAUCGAUUAUUUUUUGUUAAUUUAACAAACCAAAAAUUUCAAGAUAUUGUUACACUGACCCAAAAUGGUUUGCAAGUUUAUCAAUACGACGCAAACAGCGAAGAUUAUAAACUACUUGGUAAUGACGUUGGAUUUACUUCGGAUCAUGGUUGGACAUCAUUAUUUUCGAAAUCAAUACAUUUUAUGGAUGUAAAUAAUGAUCAAAAAGAUGAAUUAAUAUAUACGGGAAAAGAUGGUUUAACUGUAAUCACGUUUGAUGUAACAAGUCGUAAAUGGAAGGAAUUGAUCAAGCCACUGUCAAUAAAUCGAAUUCAACGUUAUGGUCAAAUGAUACCAAUUUUAAAUCCUAAUGUAGCAAAAAAUCCAAUAGUUUUUACGAAAAGUGCAGAUGGUUCAGUACAAUGGGCCCAAGUAUUACCAGCGGAACAAGUAAUACCUACUUCUACAACCGUUGCUCCAGACAUAACUACUCCACCUUCAAUAACUACCGAAACAAAAUUGCCUGUUCAAUUGCGUAAAGAAUUACGGGAAAAACCAAUUUUACGUCUCGCUGAAUAUAUCGAUGAGGAUUUUAUUAAGAAAGCUAUCGAUAUCGGUAAUGGACAAGUUGAUUUUAAUAUACCUUUGGUGGAUACUGUGGAGUUAAGUGGGAUACCGUUAAAGUUGCCAUUGAAAUAUAACAGUCAGGUGGUAUCAUCUGGUGAAGUUGGGAUUGGUUGGUCCUUUCCCAUUGGAAAAGAUUUUAUUUAUGUUGAUUAUCAAGGAAGUAUCUUUUUAGAAGAUGCAAUUUUUUUUUUAGUCAUAGAAGGGCAAAAGGUACGUUUGGACUUGAAGUCCGAUACGGAUGAUAGCAUUCUAAAAUUUGAGCCUUCACAAGAAAUUGCUGAUGAAGAAAUAACUAUUGAAUAUAAUAAAUCAACAGAAACUUGGAUACUAAAUGGUAAAACUUAUCGGCGUGUUUACGGCAAAGCCAAUACUGAAAAUGCAAAAGAUUGUUUACGAUGGAGUUUAAGUUAUCCAAAUUGGCGUGAUGCCGGAACCAGUGACAAGGGUUUCGAACCAAUUGUUAUUUCAUGGUAUUUAAAUGAACAUAUCGAUAAAAAACGAAAUCGUACCUUAUUCUAUGAUUAUAUGAUUGAUAAUAAACUUUUUGGAGAUAAUUCGUACAGCAGUGCAAUUUUCUUGACAACAAUUCGGAGUGACGCUAACUUUAAAUUAACUUUGAAUUAUGAGAAAAAAACAAAAGAUGAAUAUACAAUUUCAAAUCCGAAAAAUGAUGAUGGAAAAAUUGAAUUUCCGGUAUUGUUAAGAGAAGAUCGUUAUCUAACGAAGUACACCAUACAAGCCGAUAAUUAUCAACAAUCUAUUCGAUUUCAAUAUAAAUUAAAUGAUAAGAAACGAUUAUUAACUAAUGUUUUAAAUACAUUUGUGUUAUCCGAGAUUACGUUGGCACGGGGCUCAGUAAUGCAAUUUAAAUAUAAUUCGAAUUCUGUUUUACCUGAAAUCCCAAGAGAUCGUGAAAAUGUUCGUACGUAUCGAACAAAUAGUGAAAAUAUUAAAUUUAGCUACAGCAAUGAUUAUGCUGUAAUGGCCUACAAUACAGAUUCAUAUGUACAUUUAACAAUAUUAAAUCCUGAAUUAACUACAGAAAUCGAGUCUUUAACAUGUCCUGGAACCAAAAUUAAAAACUACGAAAGUUUGAAUGUUUUUAAAUAUAAAGAUGAAAAAUGGAUGCGAGAUGCAACAAGAUACCAAUUCGAUAAAAGUGUAUCCAUUCAAUUUGGUGAUGUACUAAUUGUUGCAAGUGAUAUUAAAAGGCAAAAGAUAAAUUUAUUUGAUACAAAAUCGAAAAAAUGGAAAGGUCCAAAGGUAAUUACUGAUCUGCCUUUCAAGGCAUUGGCUGUACACAAAAAAUAUGUGGUCAUGUACGAUGAUAAUCAUAUAUGGAUUAUGUACAAUAAAUCGGAUAAAUGGCAUCGGGAAAAAUUACAUCAUUUACCAGGACUUUACACUCAGACACAAGAAACUAUAGAAAGAUUUGAUGUUAAGUCUGAUACACAAGAGAAAUUUAUCAAGGAUUUUACGGAAAGUUGUUUUAAAAUCAUGAAAAACAUCAUAAUUCUCAAUGCACUUCAAAUAACUAAUAACGACCAAUUAACGGCCAAACUGCACCUAUUAACAAUCAAUGCAAAUCUUAAAGUUGCAGAUGUAAAAACUUACGAAUUUAAACGAGAGCACAUUCUCGAUUUGUCAUACAAAUUGGAUGACCAAAACAAGACUAGUAAGUUUCAUUUAAAAUACGGCGAGAAUAAUGGAAAAUAUCGUUUAAAGGUGUACGAUUUUUCUGGUGAAAUGAUGGAUGAGUAUAAAAAAGAAUAUAAAAAUAAAAAUAAACUAAAAGAUGCUGUUGACGAACAGAUAAAAAAAUUAAAUGAAGCAAAAGGAUUUCAAAAAGUAUUAUAUGAGCAAUAUCUGGUUAACUGGCAAUCAUUGCUUGUGCAUGCGACAUAUCAAUUCAUUCAGCAUGGUAUUAACGAUACCAUACAAAUGACUGGUACUGGAUGGGAAGAAAAGAAAUUAGAUGAAGAUUUCACAAUUGAUUUAGGCCCAAACUUUCGAAUAACAAGUGUAGAUGAUGAGAGAAAAAAUUUUACUAUGUACAAAAACGGAGAAGCUGUAAAAGAGUUUAAAUUGUAUAUGGCAGGAUUAAUGGUUAAUCGAUUCCCAAUGUAUUUAGCUUACCAGCCUCGCGAGCACGACGUAAAUAUUAUAGUUUUUAAAGAAAAUGGAAAGGAAAUAGAUCAAGAAAUCUGUUUUGAAAAGGAAGGUUUAAUCAAAGAAAGCAAUUAUCAAAAUUUAAUAACAAGAGCAAACACAACGUUAGUUGAAAAAAAUAUUGAGCCACAUGAAUGUUUAAUUCGACCAAUUGCAACUUUAAUUUCACAGAAAAAGCAAUAUUAUGUAAAAGAAUCAAUUUUAAAUCUUGGUGAAUUUGAGCGAAAAAUUGUAUACCGCCAAUCAUAUAAAUUUGAUUCGAAAAAAUCAAUAUAUACGCAAACUAUAACGAUGAUUCCAACUGGUAACAAGACUAACGCAGGAUGGUCUGAAAUCAAUUAUUCAAAAAAUGUCCAUAAGGGUACAGUAACAAAAACUCAUUAUUGGUAUAAUUUAAAUGAUAUUAAAGUAGAAGAAUCUGAAGAAGUAAUUCAAGAAGAUCGUCAAGAGAAGCAGAAAAAGGAAAACCCAUUAAAUUCAACGUUGUUAAUGGAUCGAAAUGAGAAACUUGUAAUUUGUGAUUUGCGUCCUUAUAAUUUAGCAGACGAAAUGAUUUCAUAUUAUGGCUUUGAGUCAUAUGAAACAAAUAAAUAUUGGAAAUUUAAUCAAAAAAAUGUUGUUGAAAAUUUAAACGCAUUUACUGGUCAAAAUUACUUGGUAAUAAAUAGUGGAUCCCGACUCGAAGGUACACUUAAACCACAAGAUCAGCACAUAACAUAUUUAGUAAGUUGUUGGCUACGAGCAGCAAAUGUGCUUAAAUUAAAUGAAGCAACAUCAAUCCUAAAAAUGAACUUACGAACCAGCGAAGGCGAAAAUAUAUUUACAAGUCUUGGGCAAGUUAAACAACAGUCAAAUGAUUGGUAUUAUCUUGAGUUAAUUAUUGAUUUUGAGACAAUCAAACAAAUGUACAAAAAUUACAUCGAUUAUUACAAAAAUAAAACUUUACCAGCGUUAAACGAUGUUAAAUUUGAAAUAACGGUCAUUAUAGAAUCUGAUUCCACAAUUGAUUUGGAUCAUAUUCGAUUCUCACCAUUGACACAUGAUUUUGAGGCAAAUGUGUACGAUCCAAAAGUUGGAGUACCAAUUGCCACAAUACAUGAGACUGGCUUAGUAACACGAUCAAUUUAUAACAAUAUGUAUAAAAAAAUUGCGACCAUUAACCAAGAUGGUGAAAUUGUGGAAUUGAUUAGCUCGAGUGAAACGGGACGUUUAUUUCCUACACCUCAGGGUGUACAAUUUAAAAAUCCUUACCCAAGUUAUCUAACUUUCGUGCCAGAACAAAGCUCGUACGAAACAUUUGCACGUGGUUGGGAAACAAAAACACCAAAAGCUUGGCAUAUUGCAAGUCCUGGACAAUUAUCACAUCUUGAUAACGAGGAGUCACAUCAAUUAAAAGCAGUAAAUCAAAUUGAUACAAAUUCAGUUACUUUACGAUUUUUCAUGGCUUUGCUAGACACAAAUAGUUAUGUUGCAUUAAGUGUGGGUACUUUGGGUCAAUUAAAAUUGACUAAGGAUGGAAAUUUUUCCACAAUGAUUCUACCAAACAAACAUAAAAUUUCAUCGUUGCCUCAAUCUGGGGAAAUAAUUAUUAUGGUCGAAGAAAAUUUUGUUACAAUUUGGUUUGAUGGUGUUUUAAUUGUGGAUGAAUCUUUCGAAAAAGUUUUACCCGCACAAACAUUGGUUUUAGAAGCUCAUGGUGAAAUCUUGAUUGAAGAUUUCAUGAUUUUAAAUCGUCCACAUUUGCAAGUAGAUUAUUUGAAUGAAUUAGGAGAAAAAGUUCAAGAAAUCAAAUAUGAGACCCCACAAUCAGUAUUAGUCACUCAAAUGUUAUACGAUGCCCUGGGUCGAAACGCGAUUACAUCAAAAACAACACGGCUACAACGCCAAAAUAAUCAGAGCCCAUUGCUGAUAUAUCAUAAAAAUUUCGUUACGAAUAUCAAUCCAAAAGAUUCAAACUCUGUUUGGCAUACAAAUCGUUUAGAUGGCAAAAUACACGAAUUAAAUCCGGCGGAUAAAGGCGCUGCAUUUAUUCGCACUGAAUAUUGGGAUAAUCCAUUAAACGAUGAAAAAAAAUUAGGCUUACCUGGUCCAGAGUAUUCAACUAGUGGAGCUUAUGUUACAUCGAUAGCAAAACAUUCUAAUCAUUCUUUUAUGGAUAAUCUGUUUCCGAAAAAAUUGGGUUACACUCAAAAUGUACAAAUUAGUUCGAACGGUGCUGAAACAGUAACGGUUUAUGAUCAGCAACGAAAUAAAAUUGCAAUUUACGUGAAUGUACCAGGAUUUGACCAUUUAUUAAGUACCUAUGAAUAUAAUGGCAGCGGUAAACUAACAAAAAUCCUUCCACCCGUAUAUCAUGAAAAAGUUGGUACUGAAUUAAAAACUACCGCGUAUCAACCGGAUAAGUUAACUAAAGAGGAAAAAAAUUGGCAAGAAAUGUUGGCAACAACUUUGACUUAUAAUGAACAUGGACAAGUACUCCGUAAAAAUACGCCGGAUUUUGGCCCUAUUGACAAUUUAUAUGAUUCAAAUAAUAAAUUACGGUUUAUGAUAACCUCAGUCAAAGAAUCCAAUUCGUUAGAAAAACCACAAACUGUAUACUUUGACCAUAACAAUCUUGAUCAAUUAAUCGCUACCGGCUUCUUCAAUCAAACUUUAGGUAUUGAAGAAUUAAAAAAAUAUACCGAAAGUGUUUUCUUACCAAAUACCGAAAAAUUUCAACAAUUGGAUUACAGUGAUUAUCAUCCAGAUCCACAAUUACGAGGUCGAAUAAAACAUUGCAUUACAUACAACGAUGAUGGUGAAACUAUUUUGGAAAAACUGCGAUUCGAUUCGGAUGAACAAAUGGUUGAACGAAAAAUACUAUCAGUAAUGAAUGAUAUUCAAUUGGACAUUAAAAAACAAUAUAAAAAUGGUAAAAUUCAACGAUUAAGUUAUCCAAAUGUGAAUAAUAAAAGUUUGGAUUUAGAUUUUACCUAUAACCGUUUAGGUCAACUUAUCGAGUUAAAAACACCCAAUUUAUUUACUGCAAAAUUCACUUAUGACUCAACAGGUGAUUUGGCUAGCGAAUCAUUUCAAUCGAGCAUGAAUAGUUUGACACGAAAAUAUAGUUAUAAUUCGCCCGGUUUUCUAACACAAAUCACUGAUCCAUUCAUGACGGAGACAAUGACUUAUACAGAAAAAGGUUAUGGGCAUGCUGGAUACGGAGAUGGCAUCAUAAUGGAAACACAUUUCACUAACAAUUGGACGAAGAACGCGGAUAUGCGUUGGUUCCAAAUUAAUGAGGACUCAAUAGCAUCGUUUACAAAUGACUCAAAAUUAUGUUUGAACGCACUCAAAAAGUAUGGAUACCUCGACAAUCAGAACAAGCCAAUUAAGUUAUAUAUAAUCGAUGCCGAACCAUCAAUGCCCCUCUUAUGUGGAAUGGGUAAAAUUGCUGACCUGUUAUCAACAGUAAUUGCGCAAAACUAUGUGCCCCAAACUUAUGGCUAUAAGUUUUCUUAUGGCAAUCAUCAGGAAUUAAUAAAAGCAAAAUAUUAUACAGAUGAAAUUUCCAAAUUAAUUGACCCACUGCAAAUUGAUAGUUUUGCCAAAUUUAUUCCUGAAAUAUCAAGCGAACAAUCUGAAAAAAUUUGGGAAUUAUUAACAGAAGCAAAGUAUAUUUUAAAGGAUCAACCCCGACACCAUUCUAAAACUGCAAUUGGCAAACGAGGCAAAAGUUUCUUCAGAGAUGAAGAAUUGAAAUCGGACCUUAAGAGUUUAAAUGAAAAUUAUAUGCUUUAUUUGGAAUCAAUUAAGCAAUUUAUUAUCAAGCAUCAAUUUGAUCAGCAAAAAGCUAAUGUUGAUGACUUCACCGAAGCAUUGUUGAGAUGGGAGGGAGCAGAAAAGUCCUCGUUGCUCAUUUAUAAUAAGUAUAAAGACAUUGGGAAUGAAAUAGGGAAAAUGCUAAAAAAUAAGGAAUACUUUAGCACAAAAUCCUUACAUAAUAAUUUUGGACAAAUUUUAAGUCAGUUUUCAAAAUACAUUCCUAAAAUUGUUUCAAUAUUAUGGGACCAUUUUACAUAUGGACUGGGUGGAACUCCAUUCGAUCAUGAAUCAUAUGAAAUAGAUGGAAACGGAAAUCAUAAAUUUUUCGUUUCAAAUUUUGAUAAAUAUAAAAUUAAUUACCAAAACCAUACAAAUAAAAUCGAUAAAAUUGAGAUUUCCAAAAUACCUUAUGAGAUUGAACACGAUGCAAGUGGAAAUAUCAUCAAAGCUAAGCAUAAAGGUAUCGAAAGUAUCAAAUAUCAUCCAGUUACACAACGAGCAACGUCCAUUCAAAUGACCAAUGGACUUACCUUACGCUUUUAUUAUGAUGCUGCGGGUGAAAGAAUUCUUAAAAAAGUUUUCAAUGCAGACGGAAAAUUACAAUACGAAGUACGAUAUGUUCGAGAUACUGAAGGCCGAGUUCUCAUUGACCAACGGAAAAAGUAUUUGGGACUGCAAUCAACAGAAGAAACUUUAACAUAUUAUUUUUAUGGACCAAGAGGUUUAGUUGGAUAUAUUCGUGAUGACAACUAUUAUCAUGUACUUACCGACCAUGCUGGAUCAAUACGACUUAUUAUCAGAGCUAUUGAUAAUGAAGUGAUUACGGCCUUUGAUUAUCUUCCAUAUGGUAAAUUAAUGCGAGCAUUUGGAGAUAAAACUUUUAUAUAUCGAUAUACAGGACAAGAGUGGGACGAAGAAACUGGUUUAUAUAAUUAUCAUGCUCGAUUAUAUGAUCCAAGUAUUGGGCGCUUUUAUCAACCCGAUCCAAAAUCUCAAUAUUUUAGCCCAUAUGUGUAUGCGGGUAAUUCACCAAUAUCCACUAUUGACCCCGAUGGUGAAUUUGCAUUGAUAAUUACAUGUAUUGUUCUGGGUAUAAUUGGCGCUUAUUUAGGUGCGGCAAAAUUGAAUAAUCGAUGGAAUCCAGCAGACUGGGAUUGGAAGGAUUUGGGUACAUAUAAAGGUUUAGGUAUUGGUUUUUUGGUUGGAGUUACGUUACCGUUAACUUUUAAGGGUUCUUGGGCGGUAUUUGGAGGUUUGCUUGCAAGUAAGAUCGGUUCCUUAGCUUUAGGAAUUUCAAUACAUAUAGCUUUGGCACUUACUGGUUCCUAUAUUAUGAUGGCUGUUGAAAACGGUGGAAAUUUUAAUCCUAAAAAAUGGGAUUGGAGUAAGCCAGCCACAUACUAUGGUAUGCUUGAUGGAGUCGGACUUUUACUUGGAUUGUUUGGUGGUGUUGGUAGCUUGCACAAGUAUGCUGGUGAAAAACUAAUAAACCUUGGCGGUCGUUUGACUAGAACCCAAUUUUUAAUACUCAGCUAUUCUACAGCUAUAGGCGUGGCAUAUGCUCAUGGUGUAAUUGCAAAUGACUAUAAGUAUGCAUUUUGGGAAUGGGAUUGGAAAAAUGCAAAUACCUACCUUUCCUUAAUUAGCGGAUUUAGCUUUGGUUCAGGAAUACCACAAAAUAUUAAUAACAUGCAUCGAGGCUUUUUAAAGUGGAGAGAAAACAGUAGAAGCCUUACGCAACUGUCUUCAUCCAAAAGACAAAUGAUAAAAGCAAUCUUAAAAAACCCUAAACAUCCAUUAUAUAAAGUUACUGCAUCUAUUGUCAUGGGUUACUAUAGGGCUGCUGCAGCUAAUGGUAAUAAUUUUGAUUUUACGAAAUGGCGUUUUGAUACAUUUGCAACAUACGAAGGUAUUCUCAAAGGUAUUUUCGACGGUAAAAAAUAUGUAGCAUAUGCAGAGCAAGGCAUUACACUUGUAAGGGAAAAUAUACAUAAAAUAUCACCAAAUAGAUUAAUUAAUAAAUACAUAGACAAAAAUAUGCGACGUAUUUUCGAUUACAUUGAGAAAGUAAGAAAAACUUCUAAAUUCUAUAAUUUGGUUGAGAAGAAUUUCCAAAAUCCCGAUAAAGAAUUAAUUAGUAAAUUGUCAGAUGCGUUAAAACAAGAUGUUGAAAAGUUUUUGAAAGAAGGGUAUAAAAAGUGGAAGAACGGUGAGACCAGGAUACCAAAACCUUUUGAAGAAAAAUUGCGAGAACAAGUUAAUAAGCAAUUUCCUCCGAGAGCUUUAAAAGAUUUUCAGAAAGAAGAAGAUGCCAUUGAUCGGCAACAACAACAAAUAACUACUGAUCGCCUUCUUGAUUUUUUGAGUUGUCGUAGAGAAUCAGUUACUCGGGAAAAUAUUGUUAGUAUUGUAUGUCGACCAUCUACUACGUUAAAAUCUGAUGUUAAUACAAAUAUUGCGAAAAUGAAUGCUAAAUUUGAGACAAAUUUAAAUUCUGAUCGUAAACAACCACGGAUUGAUCGAUCUAUACCUGAUGCACAUACUAAUUCGUCAAUCAAUACCAUUACUACUGAAUUUAUUGAUACAGCGGAAUUCCUUCCACAAUAUGUAAGAUCAAAAGGUACUCGUUUAGAAUUUUGGCCUCUCAAUUUAGCCAAAAAAGCAGGUACUGUAGCCGUUUCCCUAUUGGCUAGUUGGACCAAUUACGAUAAUAAACCUUCUGAAAAUCCAACAUUGCUUGAAAUGGGUGACAAUUGGGUACAGAAUGCAGAUACAAACGGACUUUUAACAUGGGGUAUAUAUUUUGCAAAUAAAUUGACUGGAUAUCGACCAAAACCAAUUCCACUGGAUCAGUUUGAUGAAAUGGCAAAUACUGAACUUCAAAUUCGAUCUACAAUCAUUGUGGAUCGUUUCAUGGAUACUUUACUAGAAUUUGUUGCAGAAACAAAUAAUUCCAAAACACAUGAAAUGUUUGAAAAUACUGUUACAUAUUGUGAGGCAAUUAAGAAUGUGCGCCAAAAACUAUCUGUGGGAGAUAUUCAAGGAAUACCAGACAUGUUGUUUAAAUUAUUGGUUAAAAACAAUAUGGAGAAAUUUAUGAGCGUUGAAUUAUUCUCUAAAAUGACAAACGAUAACACAAUGUCCGAAUUCUUAGAAUUUAUUAAUCAACAGGAACAUGAAUGGCUUUCACGAAAACAAUCACCUGCCAAAUUAUCUGAUUAUAAUAAUAAAUAUCAACGCCCUCAGCAAGUUCCUCAGCAUUGUUUCUUGCCAAAAAAUUUCCCAAAUGUCGAAUGUCCAAAUUCUUUAUUCAUUGACCAAGUCAUUGAUAAUUAGUUUACGUUUAAGUGUUCAGUUAGUUUACCACUUUUCUUCUACUCGGAGAUCUUUGUAUAAAGUACUAUUUUGAUUUCACCAACUCAUGCUUUUUUAAUUCUAUGACUUCUUCGGAGCAAUUCUUUAGCCAUCGUGGUGGCAUGAGAUGAAACACGCCAUCAUUUUAAAAAUUAUUCUAAAAUUACUUUUAAAAAGUUUCAAGUAAUA